GAGCAUCAGAGAGCGGUUCUUCUCCAGAGAGUCGGUACCAUGGAUGUAUAAUAAGCUCCGUACCCCUCGGUACCCACCCCACCCCGCUGGACCCAGCUGCUGCAGCACCUCCUGCACCUGUGAUGUAGCCCCCCUCUCCCGAUGGCCACGCUGAGGGUCUUUCUGCUCGGCUGCCUCGUGUCCUCGGCCACCUGGUCGGUGCUGCUGCUGCUCUACUUCUCUUUAGGGGCGGAGCCACGGCCCCCCCUGAAGCCCCGCAGCCAGUCAAUCACCAGAGACCUGGCCCCACGGGGGGCGGGGCCUCGGCUGCAGCCGUCCAAUCGGGGAGCAGAGCUAUCGCCGGAAAUGGGGAUGAUCUUUAACGAGGCUGAUCAGGAGCUCAGGGACUCGGGUUACCAUCGACACGCCUUCAACGUCCUGAUCUCCACCAGACUGGGGUCUCACAGAGAGCUGCCGGACACCAGAGACCCCCAGUGUCGUGAUAAGGCCUACCCUCCGGAUCUACCUUCUACCAGCGUAGUGAUCUGCUUCUUCAACGAGGCGCUGUCCGCCUUGCUGAGGACGGUGCACAGCGUGUUGGAACGCACCCCGACCGCCCUGCUGCACGAGGUCAUCCUGGUGGACGACCACAGCGAGCUGGAGGAGCUGCAGGAGGAGCUGGAGCGUCAUGUGGGGGGGGAGCUGAAGGAGAGAGUAAAGCUGGUGAGGAACCAGAGGAGGGAAGGACUCAUCCGAGGACGCAUGAUAGGAGCCUCACACGCGACCGGUGAGGUGCUGGUGUUCCUGGACUCUCACUGCGAGGUGAACAGGGAUUGGCUGCAGCCGCUGCUCACCCCCCUGCUCAGAGACCAUCGUACGGUGGUCUGCCCCGUGAUCGACAUCAUCUCAGCCGACACGCUCUCCUACUCGCCCUCCCCCCUCGUGAGGGGGGGCUUCAACUGGGGGCUGCACUUUAAGUGGGAUCCCGUCCCCCCCGCGGAGCUCAGCGGGCCCCAGGGGGUCACCGGACCAAUCAGGUCUCCCACCAUGGCCGGCGGUCUGUUUGCCAUAAACAGGAAGUACUUUAACGAGCUCGGCCAAUACGACGCGGGCAUGGACAUCUGGGGCGGGGAGAACCUGGAGAUCUCCUUCAGGAUCUGGAUGUGUGGCGGUCAGUUAUUGAUCAUCCCCUGCUCCAGAAUCGGACACAUCUUCAGGAAGAGGAGACCCUACGGAUCCCCGGGUGGGGGGGAUACCAUGGCCCACAACUCACUAAGACUGGCUCAUGUGUGGAUGGAUGAGUACAAGGAGCAGUUCCUGUCUCUGCGUCCGGAGCUGCGUGACCGUGGUUACGGAGACGUCAGUGAUCGUGUUGCGUUGAGGGAGCGUCUGCAGUGUAGGACGUUCCGCUGGUACCUGGACACCGUUUACCCCGAGAUGCAAACGCACGGAAACAAACACCUGCCUGUGUUCAACAACAAGAGCCUGAGGAGGCCCAAAGUCCUGCAGCGAGGACGGUUGCGCUCACUCUCGUCGGGGGGGUGUUUGGGGGCCCUGGGCCGCGCGAGUCAGAAGGGGGGGGGCGUGGUGCUGAGGACAUGUGACCCCCGAGACCCCGAGCAGGUGUGGUCGUACGAUGAGGACGGCCAGCUGCUUCUCGCCUCUCUCUUGUGUUUCGACGUCUCUGAGGUCCGGACCCUGGACCCCCCCCGCCUGAUGAAGUGCCACGGCUCGGGGGGGUCUCAGCAGUGGAGCCUGGGGAAGUCCAACCGGCUGUACCAGGUUUCCGUUGGUCAGUGUCUCUCCGUCUCUCGACCAAUCAGGCCGAAGGGUUCUGUUUCCAAGGGUUCCAUUACCAUGGCGAUCUGCGACGCCUCAGAGGAUCAGCAGUGGCAGCUGGAGGCCUGAGCGGCCAAUCAGAAUCCUCCGUCACUUCAGAACUUCCUGUUUCCUCAGGACGGCUUCAACCAAUCAGAAAACUCCAACCAAUCAGGACGACUUCAACCAAUCAGAAAACUCCAACCAAUCAGGACGACUUCAACCAAUCAGAAAACUCCAACCAAUCAGGACGACUUCAACCAAUCAGCAGAUUUUACUCUGAAAUUAAUUUGAUUUGAAUGGAAACAGAGUGAAAGAUGGGACCGACUGUAGGGUUUAAACCCUGCAGACCCUCACCCUUAAACUGAGGGUCUACAGGAGGGUCUAACUAACCCUUAAACUGAGGGUCUACAGGAGGGUCUCACUAACCCUUAAACUCAGGGUCUACAGGAGGGUCUCACUAACCCUUAAAAUGAGGGUCUACUGGAGGGGUCUAACCAACCCUUAAACUGAGGGUCUACUGGAGGGUCUCACUAACCCUAAUGAACUCCUUCCUUCAGUGUUACUGGAACAGAAGAGACCCAGGGCGUUAUCUAUUGAGAGAGGAUGAAAUGUAGUCACCCUGAUCAGCAGGGACUGAAGACGAUGUGUUUGUAUUCUGAUAUUAAUCUGACCGUUUUAAAUGUGUCAUUUCAUCAACACAUGUCUGACUGUGAGGACAUGGUGUACCCCUUCUCCUGACUGCAGGUGUGUUUUCUAAUAUCAAACCUAUGUGAAAGUGUUUGUUAACAGCUCUUCUAAGUUUUAGCAGCUUUGAAGUCCAAUAAAAAACAUUCUAAAGAA